AUGGAAGUAGUAGCCACGCUUGCACCAAUUAGCUGCGAUAAUGCAGAGCAGGCAAAUUUACCACCAAUCAAAGACGUUUUGGGCGAUAUUCCAAUUGUUAGUUCGCAGAUAGAUAAACUCAGAAAAGAAUUAACCAGGAACAAAACGGAACUACAAGCUUCAAUUGCUAAAAUGAAAGCCUUGAUUGAAAAUUUUGACUACGAGUCCAUCGUAGCGAUACAAAAAGAAUGCCAAGUCAUUAGAGAGUUCACUAAUAAGAUUAGAAUGAGAAUGAUUAAACAUGAUUGCAUUGACAUCCAAAAUAAUAGUGACAUUUACAUAAAUGAAAUUAUUCCACCGACAUGGUUUGAAUUCAAAAGGGAAGGUCCAAAGUAUUGCGUUCAUUGCGAGUGUGUGGAGACUAUUGAAUGGCGUAACGGUCCGUGGGGUAAAGCGACUUUGUGUAAUGCAUGUGGUUUGUGGUAUCGCAAAUUGAAGAAAAAAUUUACCGCAGAACAAUCAGCAAUAAUAAUGGAGGAGAAAAGACUCUUUUCCAAUAAACAUGAUAGGAAAGAGUUUUCUAAAUUUGAUGCAGAUGAUAAAAGACUAAAGAUCAUUAAGGACUCAUUGAUUGACCGGAUAAACAAAUUCAUAAAGGAGGUAGAGUUAUGCAAGAGUACUGCUGCCAAGCUAAAGCAAAUAAAAGCAAAAGAGGAUAUGGAUCAGAAAGUGACACCUCGGGAAAUAAACAAGUACGAUUCAAUUUCUCGUAUAUGUUGA